CGCAGAAGCCACAUUCUCGGAAGCAGCCGGCCAGCAGCUCGGAGAGCGGCGCAGGCAGACACGUCAUCGUCCAGCUGCUGCUGCCCUCGCAGCGGGCACAGGGAGGCCAUGCCACACUUCUGGAAGCCCGGCACGGCGCGGCCCGGCUCGUCGCUCGACCGCGCCAGCGAGGCCGAGAGCUCCUUCGACGCCGGGCCGUCGGCCGCCCGCAGCGAUGCCGGCGGCAUUGCCGGGCAGCGGGCGCGGCUGCCCAUCGCCAAGCAGCGGCAGGCGCUGCUGUACCUCGUCGAGCAGCACCCGGUAGUCGUCGUCGUGGGACAGACGGGCUCCGGCAAGACGACGCAGCUGCCGCAGUACCUGCUCGAGGCCGGCUGGGCCGCGGGCGGGCGGCAGAUCGCCGUCACGCAGCCACGCCGCCUCAGCGCCGUCUCGGUCGCGGCGCGCGUGGCGGCCGAGGUCGGCUGUCCGCUCGGCGACGAGGUCGGCUACACGAUCCGCUUCGAGGACCUGAGCCAUUCCACGCGCACGCGCAUCCGCUACUGCACCGACGGCAUGCUCUUCCGCGAGUGCAUGCGCGACCCGCUCCUGUCGCGCUACUCCGUCAUCAUGGUCGACGAGGCGCACGAGCGGGGCGCAUACACGGACAUGCUGCUCGGGCUGUUGAAGAAGAUCCGCAAAAAGCGCCCGUCUCUGCGCAUCAUCAUCUCGUCAGCAACAAUCGACGCCCAGGCCUUCGCCGACUUCUUCAACGAAGACCUGGCACAGCCGACAAAGGCGCUUGCUGAUGCGGCGGGUGCGCCGCCGCAGAAGGAGGCUGCCAUCAUCUCGCUCGAAGGCAGGGCCUUUCCCGUGCAGAUCGCGUACGCCGAGAAGCCGGUCGAUGACUAUCUCGUCGCGGCGAUCGACGCGGCAUGGAAGGUGCACCUGAAUGAGCCGCAAGGAGACAUCCUGGUCUUUCUCACCGGGCGGGACGAGAUCGAUGCAUGUAUGCAGGCCCUCGCGGACCGGCAAGUCGACCUCCCUUCUGGCUCCCUGCCGCUGGCACUGCUUCCUCUGCAUGCAGGACUGUCGAGCGAAGAGCAAGCAGCAAUCUUUGAGCCCGCUCCGCGGGGCACUCGCAAGUGCCUCGUGGCCACGAACAUUGCCGAGGCAAGCGUGACAAUCGACGGCGUCAAGUAUGUCAUUGACUCUGGCUUCGUCAAGCUCCGCAUCUUCAACCCACGCACCGGCAUGGAUGCCCUUUCUGUUCUGCCAGAGUCGCAGGCGUCGGCGAACCAGCGCGCUGGACGAGCAGGCCGGACAGCGCCCGGCAAAUGCCUGCGCCUCUUUCCCGAGGCAGCGUUCGACGCUCUGCCGCUCACGACGCCGCCCGAGCUGGCGCGCUCCGACAUCUCGACGCAGGUGCUGCAGCUCAAGGCUUUGGGCAUCGACAAUUUGGCUCGCUUCGCCUACCUGCCGCCGGCGCCGCCGUCGGAGAUGCUCGUGCGCGCUCUCGAGUUCCUCGCCAGCCUUGGCGCGCUGGACGACUGGGGUCGCCUGACUAAGCCGCUCGGAGAGCGCAUGGCAGAGCUGCCCGUCGACCCAAUGCUGGCCAAGGUGCUUCUCGAGUCCCUGCACUUCCGCUGUAGCGACGAGAUUCUGUCCAUCGCCGCGAUGACCUCGGUGUCGACGCCAUUCAUCAUCCCAGACGAGGGACGGUCACGCGCCGGAGCAGAGGGCGAGCUGGAGCGGCGCAAGUUCACAGCUGAGGAAGGCGACCACCUGACGCUGCUGAACGUGUACGCCGCCUUCGUCAAUUCGCGGCACGGCAAGCAGAGCGCCAAGUGGUGCGGCCAGCACCGGCUGAACUUCAAGGCGCUCAGCCGCGCCGUCAACAUCCGCGCCCAGCUGCUCAAGUACCUGCAGCGCUUCGGCAUCGACGUCGUCUCGUGCGAAGGCGACGGCGCAAGGCUACGCAAGUGCAUCGCCGCUGGGUUCUUCAAAAACGCAGCGAGGGUGCAGCCGGACGGCUCGUACCGCAGCGUGCGCGAGAACGCAGUGCUGCACGUCCAUCCCUCCUCGGUGCUUUUCAGCCGCGUGCCGCCGACGAAGUACGUCGUCUUCCACGAGGUCGUCGAGACGUCGAAGCGCUUCAUGCGCGAUCUGACCGUCGUCGAGGAGGACUGGCUGACGGAGCUCGCGCCGCACUUCUACGUCCGCGCGAACCGGUGACCCAUCU